AUGUUGCAGUAAUAUUUGAAUAUGGGAUUCACUUACAUAACAGAUUUGCAAGUAGAAUCGAAACAUAGAGAUCUUGGAUGUGCUUUUAAAGAAAAUGUGUAGUCUCCAAUUAAGGAGUAAUCCCAAUCCCAGAUUUUGAGAGAAUUGUCAUUUGAUGUUUUGACUCCUGAUCAGCGGUUGCGAUAAAAGGGAAAGCCUGUGGGAUUGAAAAAUCUGGCAAAUGUUUGCUAUUUGAAUUCUCUGAUUCAGACUUAUUUUCAUAACCCAAUCUUUGUGAAGGAGAUACUGAGCUUUAAAUACCCAGUGCAAUUGAAUUUUGAGGAUCUCUUAAAUAAGAACGAGGCAAAGGCAAAGCGGAUAAAAUCAUCAAUCGAUUUGGUUGUGCAUUUGUAGAGACUGUUUGCUUACUUAGUUCACACAGACAGAAAGUACGUGGAUCCUUACAGAGUGUUCUUGAAUGUAGUAGAUGAAUUUGGUAAUAGGUUUUAAUUGGGAGAUUAGAAGGAUUGGGCGGAGUUCAAUUUAUAAUUUAUAACAUGCAUCGAUGAGGGAUUGAAAUAUCACGAGAAUAAAAUAAUGGAUGCUGAAAUUUAGAACAAAGAUGAGAGUGGUGACAUGCAUGAAUCAGAUUAGUAUUAGAAUGAGAAAAAUAAAUCUGGCACUACUUUAACGAGAUCGAUGAUAUUAUUAGAUGAGAACAAGGCCAAAUUGAUAGAAUAAUAGCCAUUGCAAUCACAGCCUUAGAAUUAGACAAUAAUCAAUAGAUUAUUCUUUGGAAAAACCAAAGAGUAUAUUACACAUCCCAAUCAGAGAAAUUAGAGUGAGGAACAAGAGUAAAUAUUUUUGUAGAUUAUAUUGAAUGUGAAGAAUAGGAGUUUAUAUUAAGCUUGGGAGGCAAAUAACUCUUUUUUGAUAGAGGGUUAUCGCAAUGGAAGUGAAGUGAUUGAGGUGGCCGAAAAAACCAUUUGGAUCACUUAGAUUCCUGAUUCCUUACUAUUUCAAAUACAAAGAGUGGGGUAUGAUCCAGAGAGAGGACUGAUCAAAAUGAAUGAUGAAUUUCGAUUUGAGAAGGAGAUCUAUGCUGAUAGAUUCCUUUUGGAGAACAGACAAAAGGUUAUAGAAACGUAAUAGCAAUUAAAUGAACUCAAAAUUGAAUAGGCCAAAUUACUGUUUCAGAUGGAUAAGUAUUAAAACUUAGGAGGCAUUUCUAUGCUAACCAUCUUAAAUACAGCUACUAAGUAUGUUAAGGAGGUGAAACCAGAUGAUGAGAUCAUGCAAUAAAGGAUUGAGCAAUGUAGAUUAAGUAUUCAAAUGAUUUUAUAGAAAUUUCAGUUUCAAUUGGAUGAAAUUAAUUAGAAGAUUGAAGACUUGUAUGCUAUAAUGAAAAAAUAUAAGUAUUUUCUUUAAAGCAUUUUAAUACAUGAAGGGGCGGCAGAGUCUGGCCAUUAUUAUACUUAUAUUUAUAAUCCAUUUUUGAAGCAUUGGUUUAAGUUCAAUGAUAUCAAUGUAACUUAGGUGAGUGAGGAGAAGGUGUUGCGUGAUGCCUAUGGAGAUGGAAAAUCGAAAACAAAUGCCUAUUGUUUGAUCUAUUAACGUUCUGAUCAUUUUGAACCUCAAUCUUAUUCAGAUUAUACGAACAAUUCCGUUUAUGCUCAGUACAUCCAAUAGAAUCUAUAUGAAGAGGUCACAAAUGACAACAAAAAGUUUUCAAUUGAAUAAAAAGAAUAUGAACUUGUGGAAUUAGGAGAUUUGGUAGUUGAAAUCUAUAAUGUGUAAUUCCAAUAAGUAAAUGAAAUGGCUAGGAAAUUUAAAAAUAGAAAUGGUAAUCCACUCAACAAUUUUCCAACCUAUUUGCGCACUCUGCUAGAUCAGAUGAAUGAUCUAGUCAAGUGGAGCAUUUUGGAUUAUGCCAUCAGAGAAGCAUCUCAAGGCAAAAGGAAUUUGAGAGAUUACCAAGAAUAAUUGAUCUUUCAAUAAAGGUGUAUAUCUAUUAUAUUGAUCCUAGAAUCAAAUACAAUUUUGAAUAAUUGA